AUGUCAGCAUUAGGUGAAAAUUCUCAUUUCAACACUUGGCUCAGGUUGGCAGAAGAGAGGGAGAAGACGGAACACCUCAAAUUUGAUAUUCGAGAAUAUGAGGAGGAGAACGAGGACCUCUGCAAACGCAUUCAGGAAACUAGUUCCAAGUUGAGAGACAAGGAAGCUGCCUGUGAAAGACUUCUCAAUGAUCUGGACGAAAAGCGAGCUGAGUUGGCAGCUCAGCGCAAACUCCUGGAUGAGUACAUUCAGCAACAAUCUACGAAGGGUCCUUUACUUGCCACCAUAGUUGCCUCCGAGAGUAAUCAUUCCAACGGUUUCUCGACCGCCAAAACUGGCGACACACUGGCCGCCACAACACCGUCCGCCACUAUUGCAGAGUUGGAACUGAAACUUCGAGAUGCUCUCACCUGGGCUGAGGAAUGUGAAGCCAAAAUGGCCAACCAAGAGACCUAUUGGGCUGAUCAGAAAUUGCGUUGGCAGAGAGAGCGAUCAGAUCUGCAGGAUAGAAUUAGGGAGAUUGUUCUUGAGAGAACGAGUUUCCUAGAAUGUGAAUUGCGUCAGGAGCGGCAACGUUGCUCUGCCAUGGAACAGCGAGUUAUGAUUUGGGAGAAUCAACUGGUCGAACUUAUUGCAAUGGCUGACAAUGAAUGGGCUGUCAGUGACAAUCUUCAUGAUACGGUACUCCAUCUCAUGUCUGAGCUUCAACGCCUCCGCAACGGUUCUCCCGAUAUCACUGACUACGAAGAGGAGAAGCAUCGUUCACACUCCGGAGUCCCACCGCCUCAUCCCUCACCAAACACCGCGGUCUCUCUCAACGGAAGUGGAAGCCUAGGUUCUGCGGACUGGCGUCUAAAGAAGGCCGGUCGUAUUAGCAAAAUGGAACGAUCUAAUCUCCAGUUGGCUCUCAACAACGAGAUUCGGGAACGUGAAAUUGCUCAACAGAGGGUCAGGGAACUUGAGAUCCAACUCGAAGAAGCCACAUCGCGAUUGGCGGAAAUGUCCGAUAAGCUUCUUCAAACAGAGAAGGACAAGGAAGCAUUGAGAGAUCAACUUGUUAAAGACAUGGUGUUUGAACACAUAUUCUUAACAGAUGCAGUAAACGGUACUCCCGAAGAAGAGCUGACCCAUUUAUCAUCCUUUGCUCUGCCAACAUUUAAUCCACAAUCUAUUUUCUAUCCCAUUUCUUGGAAUUCUCGUUGUUUUGCUGUUGUAGGAUGCAGUUUCAAUAUUUCUCUAUUGAGUUCUAAGAAUUGGACCUACUGA